GAGCGUGCACUACCCCAGCAGCUCUCCACUCUUCAAAUUUAGUAUUGCAAUGGUUGUGCAGGGGAGUUUAAGGGGCGGUAUCCAUGGCGGCCCCAGCAGUUGAAGGGAAGGUGACGACGGCGCUGCGAGCUGUAUUCCGACGGGUCGAAGGGGCGGCGAAGAAGGCCGGGAGGCAGCCGGAGGACGUGAGAGUAGUGGCUGUGGGGAAGACUAAACCGGUCUCCCUAAUCCGGGAUCUCUACGAUGCAGGCCACCGCUGUUUCGGCGAGAACUACGUCCAGGAGUUCAUACAAAAGGCGCCUCAGCUUCCUGAUGAUAUCAAAUGGCAUUUUAUCGGGCAUCUUCAAAGCAACAAAGUCAAACCCCUUCUAGCUGCAGUUCCUAAUCUGGAUAUGGUUGAGAGUGUGGAUAAUGACAAGAUUGCCAAUCAUCUUGAUCGAAUUGUUGCUAAUUUGGGAAGGAAACCUCUCAAGGUUCUGGUCCAAGUUAAUACUAGCGGUGAAGAAUCUAAAUCUGGUGUACAACCUUCAGAUUGUGUAGCUUUGGCCAAGCAUGUGAAACUAAAUUGCCCAAAUCUUGUAUUUUCUGGACUAAUGACCAUCGGGCGGCCUGACUACACCUCAACUCCUGAAAAUUUCCAGGUAUUGUCUUGUUGCAAGGAUGAAAUUUGCGAAGAGCUUGGAAUUCCUGAUGGCCAAUGUGAACUUUCCAUGGGCAUGUCUGGUGACUUUGAGAAAGCUAUUGAAAUGGGCAGCACCAAUGUGAGAAUUGGAUCAACUAUAUUUGGACCAAGGGAAUACCCAAAUAAAGAGAACCAGUAAUUACAACUCUUAGUGACGUGGCAUAUUUUCGAAAGUCCUGUUGAUGCGGACAUCGGAACGAAAAUUUGGCGCAUCUAUCACAGGCGGCGUCGUAAAUCGACGGGCAUUAUUUAAAUUUUCAUUUAUGUAUUAUUUUCUGAAUUUUAGCUCUUGUUUUAUAUAUUUUCCUAUUUUACCCCUAGGAUAGUUUAUGUGUGUCUUGGCCCAAGGGGCAUUUUUGUAAUUUUGAUUUUCUCAUGUUAUGGCCUAUAUAUAAGGCCUUAAUCUAUUGUAAUGGGAUGAUUAAUGAAUAUGAAAAAUUUAUGUUCCACA